UAUGAUGAUUCUGGUCUUGUCACACCGCAGCAGCUGCAGGAGGCGUGGAUCGCGACGAGUUGCAAUGAACUUUCCGAGCAAGUCUCCGCGACCUCGUCGGCGGAGCCGAGCCUGUCGUCGUUCGUGGAGGUGUCGGAGGUCUGCCCCGGCCUGAGCCGCAGCGGCAGCAGCGCCGACGACGCCGCCAACGCCGGACACGAUCACCCGUCGCCGGCACCCCUUGCGGCGGCGCCGGCGCCGGCGCAACCAGCUCAGCCGACCAAGAACGUCGGCGGUUACGACGUGGUCUACCCCGACCGCGGCAAGGUGAUCUCGCGCUACAAGGAGAAGAGGAAGAACAGGAUGUUCGGGAAGCAGAUCCGGUACGAGUCGCGCAAGGCCCGCGCCGACGGCCGGGUGAGGAUCAACGGCCGCUUCGCCAAGUCGAGCCAGUAGAUUUCAAGGACCGACGACGUGCUCUUGGUCUCCGUGGACGACGACGACGUUUCUGUACCCUACGUAGCGUGGGUGCAAGGGAGCUAGGGGACGGCGUCGCCAUGGCAGCUUGUCCUGGUGGUCGUACGUGCCAUCGCGGCACCACGUACUCGCCGUCUCAACGUGAUGUGACUGUGCGAGCUGCAAUAUGGUUAAUUUUUUUUUUUUGCGUUAUGGUUCAGGUGUGGUUUUUUUUUUGCGCUAUGGUUCAGUUACUCUUUCCUUCUUUUGUUACCCACAGAUCGUGUGUAUGUCAUUGGGAUGCCUGUGCCCACGUUUGAUGAUGGUGAAUUGGUGAUGUUUUUUUUUUGGAAAAAAAUUUCAAUCUAUUCAUCUUCAAUCAUGGCAGUACAACGAACAUCAAAAAUAAAAAUUACAUCUAGAUCCGUACACCACCUAGAGACGACUACAAGCACCGAAGCAAGCCGAAGGCGCGGCGCCGUCAUCGCCCCACCAUCGCUGGAGCCGGGCACAACUUGUUGUAGUAGAUAGUCGGAAAGUCGUCGUGCUAAGGCCCAAUAGGACCAGCACCC